AUGUGCCUGCAUAUGCUAUAUAAGAGUGAACACAAGCACCUCGACAUACCUCACACCAGGCACGAUGCCUCUAAGCUAUUGCCUUUCCACAAAAGAGCGCGGCGCUCUCAUAGUAUUCUCUCCCACAGCGCUCUCAUAUUCUCUCCCACAGCGCUCUCAUAUUCUCUCCCACAGCGCUCUCAUAUUCUCUCCCACAGCGCUCUCAUACUCUCUCCCACAGCGCUCUCAUAUUCUCUCCCACAGCGCUCUCAUAUUCUCUCCCACAGACCUCUCAUAUUCUCUCCCACAGCGCUCUCACACUCCCUACCCCGGCGUCAUCGCAUUCCCUCACACUCAUCCCAUUUCCAGGUAACGACCCAUCCCCAGCGCCCUCACAUUCUCUACCCCAGCGCCCUCACGCUCCCGUCCACAGCGCCAGCACAAUGCCCUCCAGAUUGCCCUAAGCCCAUCGCGGCGCCUACCCCAUCCCUCAACUCCCCAUCCCUCACCUCCCCAUCCCUCACCUCCCCAUCCCUCAACUCCCCAUCCCUCAACUCCCCAUCCCUCAUCUCCCCUUCCCUUCCUCCCUGUUUCCCCGUAUCCCCUGCGCUGCUUCCCCCCAUCCUCCGACUUGCUUCCCCCCAGUUCCUUCCCUGCUUUCCCCCGUCCCCUCCCCUGCCUCCCCCCAUCCCCGUCCCUGCGUGCCCCCAUCCCUUCCCUGCUCCCCCCCAUCCCCUUCCCUGCUUCCCCCCAUCCCCUUCCCUGCUUCCCCCCGUCCCCUUCCCUCCUUCCCCCCGUCCCCCUCCCACCAUCCCCCCAUCCCCUUCCCUGCUUCCCCCCAUCCCCUUCCCUGCUUCCCCCCAUCCCCUUCCCUGCUUCCCCCCAUCCCCUUCCCUGCUUCCCCCCAUCCCCUUCCCUGCUUCCCCCCAUCCCCUUCCCUGCUUCCCCCCAUCCCCUUCCCUGCUCCCCCCCAUCCCCGUCCCUGCUCCCCCCCAUCCCCUUCCCUGCUCCCCCCCAUCCCCUUCCCUGCUUCCCCCCGUCCCCUUUCCUCCUUCCCCCCGUCCCCUUCCCUCCUUCCCCCCGUCCCCUUCCCUCCUUCCCCCCGUCGCCCUCCCUUCACCCUUGCUCCCUCUGUUUCACCCUUGCGCCCUCACAUUCUCUACCCCAGCGCCCUCACGCUCCCGUCCACAGCGCCAGCACAAUGCCCUCCAGAUUGCCCUAAGCCCAUCGCGGCGCCUACCCCAUCCCUCAACUCCCCAUCCCUCACCUCCCCAUCCCUCACCUCCCCAUCCAUCAUCUCCCCAUGCCUCGCCUCCUUAUCCCUCAUCUCCCCGUGCUCACACUCCUUUUUCCCUCAUCUAUUGUCUUUUAGAUGCCCCCCCGGUCACUCUGAAUCCUCCUUCUCGCAUCCCAUUUCCGCCCUGCUCACUCUCUUCCCCCCCUGCUCACUAUGUUUCCCCCUGCUCACUAUGUUUCCCCCUGCUCACUUCCCCCAUCCUCACUCUCUUCCCCCUUGCUCACUCUCUUCCCCCCCCUGCUCACUCUUUUCCCCCUGCUCACUGUCUUUCCCCCUGCUCACUUCCCCCCCCUCACUCUCUUCCCCCUGCUCACUCCUUUCCCCCCUGCUCACUGUCCUUUCCCCCUGCUCACUGUCCUUUCCCCCUGCUCACUGUCCUUUCCCCCUGCUCACUGUCCUUUCCCCCUGCUCUCUUCCCCCCUCCUCACUCUCUUCCUCCCUGCUCACUCUCUUCCCCCCUGCUCACUCUAUUUCUCCCUGCUCAAUUUCUUCCCUUCUGCUCUCCCCCAUCCCCUGCACUCUGUUUUUCCUUUCUCAUUCUGUUUCCUGCUGCUCAUUCCCUUAUCCGACCCCUGGCUACUGUGUUUCCCCGUUCACUCACCCCAGUCACCCCUCAUGCAGUGUACAGGUGCCCAGCACCAACACCAGGUGUGGGGUGUGUCACCGCAAGUCUUGGUUUAGUCUGA